GCCUGGAGUAGAGAGAGAAAGUGAGAAUGAUAGACUUUUUAGAGAGAAAAGGCGAACCAUACAAAUGAAAUUGAACCAGUGAAAGGGAAAAAAACAGAUAAAAAGGCUGUGAGAGCCAAAAGGAGUGCCUCUUGACCUAUCAAGCUUCGUCUUCAAUCUCAGAAAUACAUAUAUGUAUAGAGAGAGAAAAGAGUUUGAGAGAGAGAGUGAGAGUGAAUCAGUUGACAGAUCCACGUCACCAUCAUCUUCUUCCUCUUCAAUUGAUACUUGUUGAUUAAGUAAUCUGCUUGUUGAUUAGGUAAUCAAAAAUUUUGUGUUGUUUAGCUUCAAUUUGCUCAUCAAUGGACACACCAUCACCAGCUGAAGGGCUUCUGAAGAAGAUCCAAGACCUCGAAGCAGGGCACGCUCACCUCCAACAAGAGAUGUCGAAGCUCAUGGUUUCAGGGGAUCGCAAAUCGGACCAGCAACACGGUGGUGGGGACCACCAGAGGUCUCAUUCUGUGUCGCCACAGCGGGUGGGUAGGCGGAGAGGAGGCUGUGGUGGAGGGUUCGACCGCGCUGCCAAGGCGUCGUGUAGACAUGCAUCGCCGUUGCAGAGGGAAAGUCGGACACCUGACUCUUUCGAGAACACCACCAUUGGCGGUGGCAGUGGUGGUCCGGCUGGUGCUCAGUUUAAUGAUAAGCAGUACUUGAAUAUAUUGCAAUCUAUGGGUCAGUCGGUUCAUAUAUUUGAUCUCAACGGUCGUAUAAUUUACUGGAAUCGAGCCGCCGAACACCUUUAUGGUUAUUCUGUGGUGGAAGCUCUUGGUCAGAAUUCCAUUGAGCUCCUAACAGAUGCCCGAGACCUUGCUGUGGCUAAUAAUAUAGUACAUCGUGUGACAAUGGGGGAGCACUGGACUGGGCAAUUCCCGGUAAAGAACAAGAGCGGAGAUAGGUUUCCAGCUAUGAUAACCAACACUCCGUUCUACGAUGAUGUUGGUACUUUGCUAGGGAUUAUAUGUGUAUCUCGUGAUUCAAAUCCCUUCGAAGAAAUGAAGGCUACAUUGUCAGGUACAAAGCACUCGGAGGCAGAUUCGACCUUUACCCGAACCAAAAACAUUGCUUCAGCUAAACUUGGUCUUGAUCCUCGACAACCUCUCCAAGUUGCAAUUGCCUCAAAAAUAUCAAACUUGGCUUCCAAGGUUAGCAACAAAGUUAAGUCAAAGAUGAGGACUCGAGAGAACAACAUGGAUCGUGAAGGUGGAAGUGACGAUAGUCAUCAUUAUGAUCAUGGUUUCUCGGAUAAGGAGGAUCCAAUUUCAAGUGGAGCUAGUACUCCCAGAGGAGAAUUUCAUCCAUCUCCUUUUGGAGCGUUUCCUCAAGUUGUGCAUGAGGAGCGGUCCCAGGGAAAGCCUUCAAUGGAUUCUGGUGAUGAGAGUGAAGAGAAACCUGGGAUCCACAAGAUUAUUACUUCAAAGGCAGAGGCUUGGAUGGGUAAGAAAGGGAUAUCUUGGCCAUGGAAGGGAAAUGAACAGGAAGGGUCAGAGGUGAAGGCCACCCAUUUUGUCUGGCCGUGGUUGCACAAUGAUCAAGAGAAUGACACCGAUCAUCAGAAAAGUUCCAAUUCUGGUGCAAAACCAGAGAGUCAGGUGGGUGUGAGUAAUUGGCCUGCAAAUAAUGAGGCUUCAGGGUCCUGGUCUUCUUCGUGUAAUAUUAACAGCACAAGCAGUGGUAGUAGCUGUGGCAGUACAAGCAGUAGUGCUAUCAAUAAAGUGGACAUAGACACCGACUGCUUGGACUAUGAAAUCUUGUGGGAGGACUUAACCAUUGGAGAACAGAUUGGGCAAGGUUCUUGUGGAACUGUGUAUCAUGCUCUGUGGUAUGGAUCAGAUGUUGCUGUCAAAGUAUUCUCCAAGCAGGAAUAUUCAGAUGAUUUGAUAUUUUCCUUCAGAAAAGAGGUAUCUCUCAUGAAACGACUUCGACAUCCAAAUGUUCUGCUCUUUAUGGGUGCAGUAACUUCACCUCAGCAUCUCUGCAUUGUUACCGAAUUCCUUCCACGUGGAAGCUUGUUUCGCUUACUGCAGAGGAAUACAACCAAAUUUGAUUGGAGACGGCGUGUUCACAUGGCUUUGGAUAUAGCACGGGGCAUGAAUUAUCUUCAUCAUUUCAACCCACCUAUCGUUCAUCGUGAUUUGAAAUCUUCGAAUCUUCUAGUUGAUAAGAACUGGACAGUGAAGGUUGGUGAUUUUGGUCUGUCACGUCUCAAACAUCAGACAUAUCUCACAACAAAGACUGGGAAAGGAACGCCGCAAUGGAUGGCACCAGAGGUUCUUCGUAAUGAAUCCGCUGAUGAGAAGUCUGACGUGUAUAGCUUUGGAGUGAUUUUGUGGGAGCUUGCCACUGAGAAGAUCCCUUGGGAAAAUCUCAACUCAAUGCAGGUCAUUGGAGCUGUGGGGUUCAUGAACCAACGGCUAGAUAUCCCAAAAGACGUGGAUCCACAGUGGGCUUCCAUAAUUGAUAGCUGCUGGCAGAGUGAACCACGAUGCCGCCCAACAUUCCAAGAGCUGCUAGAAAAGUUCAAGGAUCUGCAGAGGCAGUGUAGCUUUCAAUAUCAGGCUUCCCGUACUGCCCCAGGAGAUAGCAGCCAGAAAGAACUGUAGGCCAAAUUGUGGCUGCUUAUCUAUAGUUUUCGUAUUGACAGUCAAAUGAUUGCACCUGUGCUGAUGAGUCGAUUAAUAGACACAAAUGGCUUGUGGUAUGGGAACCAUCAGAGGCAGAUCCAUCUGAGGCGGAUCCAACCCAUCUUAGCCAGAUCAAGAAUUGAAAGGAGAACAUAAUGGUUACCAGUGAGAGAUUUUGGUUGGUCGGGUUGGUAUCCGGUGAUGUUUAUUACUUAUCGACUUCAUUGGAUCCUGUCAGUCCUGCUCUGUUGUUGAAUUUAUGUAAUCAGGAUCAUUUGUCACUCUCCUACCAGUGAUAUGUGUCUGAUUUUUGUCACUGAGGUAUGUAUUUCAUUUAUAGUCUUUGUGAGAGAAUAUUAGGAUCGCUCUAAAAUCAUUUGUACAUAAAACACCUCAAAGUUUCCACUUUAGAAGUGAAACAUCCACCUAUUGUUGUAUUUUUUGCAAUUAUGCAUGCAGCAUUUCUGCAGCGCCAUCCUGGAUAA